UGCCACCUUGAAGUGUAACCGCAAUGGCUACGGCGGUCGCCGCCGCCAAGGCCAAGACCAAAGGCAAGCGGCUGCUCCAGGAUGUUCUGAAUGCCCAUGGCGACAUUGAGACUUCCGAGGAGAAAGCAUCGGCGCUGGCCAACUGGAACAAGCGCAAGACCCUCGCGCAAGCCAACGGCGGUUGGCAAUGGCGGUCGGGGGACUCGCCGUAUCUGCUGCCGCAGCACAAGAUCGACCCGUCCAAGGUCGCGAUCGAAGUUGCUAGCUUGGUGCACAUUGGAAAGGAGAUGGACGCGUUCUUGGCCGCGGCGUCGCCAUCGAGCAAACCCAAGCCGCCACCCCCGCCACCCCCCAAAGUCUGCAGCUGGAGUCUUUUGCACAAGGGCAAACUCUACGUUUGCUCCAACGUCCUUCGCAAUGAACCUGAGCUCGCGGGGCGUCGAUGUCCGUGGCACGCCCCGACCUGCCGCGCCCCCACGCACAACGCCCCCCCGGCCAAAAUCACAGUGCCCAACGACAUGGCGCUAUGUCUUCCUUGCUAUGCGAUAGCGCAUGCCGGGCAACCCAAGCUGCAACAGACGCCGGUUGUUAUCGAUAUUCUCCGACUGCCCGGCGUCCGCAUCACCGACGCGCAGACCGUCGUCGACCAGUCGGCCAACGCCGCGAAUGCAGCCACGAAAGCGAUAGGCGUCGUGUACAGUGCCACGUCACUCUGCACGUGGCAAGGAUUUCUUCCGGGCCAGAGCUCGCUCAAGCCGUUUAUUUGCACACACACGGUGCUGCAGCACCCCGUGUACCUCACGUAUUUACCCCACUGUGGGUACCAUGCGCCCGUGUGUGUCUUUUCCAACACACAGCGGCGGGGCACGUGUCCGGACCUCGUUCUCUUUAACCAGCACGGUCUGUGCAAGAAUCACUUCGAAGCCCACUUGAGCACGUUGGCACUCGAAGAUCGCGAGAUGGACGUUGCCUACACCUCGCUCUUUGCGUGUCCGAAUGUCAUCAACACCAACGACCUCGAUCGACACGACAAGAAACACCCGCUGGCCCCCCGAACGCGACCACCCCCCCAGCGAGCCGCGGCCCCCACCCUUUUGAACGGCCGGCGAUCUUUGUUUCAACAAUUGAUUCCCGAACCCGUUCAAACGUUAUGGUGGCAAGUCAACUUUCUUCGCAAAGGGCCGCGUGUCGCGAUAGCCCUGCAGCGCGUCUUUCGUGGCAACCGCGCCCGCCGCCGCGUUCACGCUCUCAAGAUGGCACUGGCUGCAAAGAAGCGCGUCGCGGCCUGCAUUUUCCUACAGACACUCUGGCGCCGGCGACAAGCACAGCGGCACGUCGAGCACUACCGACGCCUCUUCCUCGUCGGCACGCACUGCCUACAGCGCCUCGUGCGGGGGUACCUCGGUCGUCGGCGGGCCAAGCAUCUGCGCGCUCUCUCGCGCCUCUACUGGGUAAUUGGUGUCACAAUCGCGGUGCACAAAGCCAUCGCGACGCUCCGGGCGCGCGUCGAUCUCCGCCGAUCCGACGACACGCUGGCCAUCUACCUCUUUCGUCGAUGGCGCGCUGCCCGCGUCUUGGCGCGGGCCAUGCGCAACUGGCGAGCCCGCCGCGCCCAUGCCAAACUGCAAGCGCAAGCCAAAUUUCAGGCGUUUAUGGCGGCCAUCACGAUCCAGCGCGCGUGGAAGCUGUACCUGCGCCGAAAAUUGCUCCAGCGACGCUAUCGCGCUGCGCAGUGCAUUCAAGCCAGAACGCGAGGGUCCCUUAGUCGGACGCUCUGGGCGGGGGACCCCGGAAUUUGCUUCCACGUUGCAUUUACCAAUCCAAAAAGCGGCGUGCUCUACCGACACGACCGCGUGCUGCCGCAGACCAACGCGUCGUACUCGGUACCGGCCCGACGCGCGCGCUACCACACGUCCAAGGACCAUCAUAUGCGCAAGAUCUGUACGGGGCCAACGAGUCCCUUUGGACAUGCGUACAAGGACAUUGACGACCUGUAUCGGGACAUGCACGGUGAGCGCUGCGAAGCUGUGCCGCCCAUCACAUGCAAGCCACCGAUGCCAAGUGACCGCGGCCCGACAGAGGUUGUAGACAAGCGAGGUGGUAUUAGUGAGCUGCGGCUCACGGCGCAGCCCCCCACGAGCUUUCACGCGUUGUCCAAGGGGCUUAUGAUCGACAUGGCCCUCUACCCGGUCGGUACGCUUGUGCAAGUGCGCAUGGGGCGGAAGCGACAAAUGCAAGUGACGUCGCACGCCGGUCGCAUCCGAAAGCAGCACCCGGCAUGCGGCACCGUCGACAUCGACUACCUUCCGGGGCUAAAAUCGCUGCGAGGAAUCGCAAUUACCGAAGAGAAGAACGUGGCGAUCCAACGGCUCUCGAUUCCCUUUCAACCGCCCAAACCGGCGCCUCCACGCUUGGUGGAGCAAGCUGCCGCGGCGCUCGCGGCAGUACAAGCCAUCGACGUGACCCGACCGGUGGUCGUUGGCGACAAGGCCUUGCUGCAGGUUCCCGACCAAGCACGAUCCCGCGCUGCCGCCUACCACGAGCUUGUGGUGACGCUGCGGCAUCAGCAAACCGAUUUGCUUGCUGACGACGCCGCGUUUAUCAACUAUGUGUUUUGCCAUCACGACUUGCUCUCGCGCUACUGGCUUCGGCUCGUUCACGACAUCAAGGAAGGCGUCAACACGGACCCGAGCUUUCUUCCGUCCCCCUCGGGCCUCGAUGGGUUCAUUGAACCGCUGCCGGCCGUCGCGGCGGCGCUGAAACUCCGACUGGAACAGCUCGGAUACCCGUCCGAUCCGAGCGCGAAUGGCGCCCCGCCGCGCCCCAAGAUGACGCCGCCGACGUCACACGUCUCGCUUCAAACGUCCGUUGAUGAUAUGCACAUUCUCUUCCACCACGAAUCGACGACGACGCCGCCCUGCUCCAAAGACGACGCUGAGAUGACGCCCGACACCCUCUCGCUCGCCGAUAUUCACAAGCUCGUGUACCAUCUCAAGUCCUUGCCACGACAACCGGCGCUCGAUACGAUUCUCAAGGUGACGACCCGAAACAUUCGAACGUUUGUCUGCAGCCAUCCCGCGUGCGGUCGCUGCUUCUCCACCAGCGAAGGGGCCAAGAGCCACCAACACGUCCACGCCAACAAGGUGCGCCUCGUUGCCGGCGAUCCGCUCGUGGAUCAGUACAUGGUCAAACACUGGCCCCCCGAGAGUCCGUGGCGCGACGACAACUAUACGUUUAUGCUGAGUAAAACCGGCUACUUCAAGUGUCCACACUGUGACAAGGAAUAUCGGACCAAGCGCGAACUCUACCAGCAUGCCACCGAUGUCCACGGCCGGGAAGCCGCCAAAGACCGACAAAGUCAGACCAACAAACAGCUCAUUUGGCUCGGGACAGGCGACCGCGUCGAAGACCUCUCCCUCUUGUUUCCACCUCUCUUUCGGGGACACCAAGCGCCGUGUACAGCUUGUCAUAGCAUGCUGCUGCGCCCGACCGCGCGCUGUCGACGCUACCCGUCGCUAAGCAUUCUCUCCAAAGACGCCGACGCCAUCAUCUUUACAACUGCAUACCCGACGUUCGCCCCCGAGAUCCAGCUCACGUGUACCGACUGUGGGCAGCUCGGUGGCGCCAACCAAGAAUCAACCUUUAAACUGCGGCGGUAUUUGCACCUUGAAGCCCUCGUGCGCGACAGCGACCAAGACGACUGGAUGAUUGGAUAUCUCUAUCGACCGCCACCGGUGGCGGCGUCGGCGCAAGAGGCCUUGAUCUGGGGCUACGACUACCGCAACGAGCUGCUCUUGGACACGAGCCGCGUCAUUUGCGUCCGCGCGACCCAGUGCGUGGGGUACGGCAUGGUGUACGCGUGCUCGCGCACGUACUUCCACCGCUUCCACCGGGGCACGUCGGGGCACAUGGAGAAAUUCUGUCGUCCGUUGCGCCCCACGUCAACAUCGCCGGGCUCCAAGCGACUCUCAUUGCUUCUCGCCGAGACGCAUGUGGAGACAGUGGAUCGCGCGCAAACGUCGACGACGUAG